GGAGCAAAAAGGGGAAUAAAGAAAAAGAAAAGGAAAAAAAAAUGGGUUGACCCGCGAAUUUUUUAAUCGGGUGGGGUCCACAUACUUAAUCAUGGGUACUGAAUUCUUUAACCUAAGGUACUGAAUUCUUUGGCUGAUUUAAUUUUUUUGGCCUGAAUUCUUAACUCAGUACCCAAAAACAAAGUAAAAAUAAUUGAGUACCUAAAAGAUGAAAUUUUUAACAAUUGAGUACCUAAUUGUGUGCUUAACUCCUUUUUUUACUCUGUUUAAUACAGUAUAUUUUCUAACCAAAAAAAAAAAAAAAAAAGUAGUACGGUUGUCAAAAUCUGUACCAUGAAGAGCAGUAUACCCCACGUCACAAUCCAACGCCUUAUCCUUUAUCCACGCUUUCCUCUUCCUUAUCAUCUAACAAACGGCUCACAUUCAUCCACGUGGUCGCUUUUGAUGCAUUAUUACUCCACCAAUCCAACGGAUCCCCUGCACUUCCUUUCUCCCUCUUUUUUCUUUUUUUCUCUCUCCUCCUUCUCCCCCACUCUUUCUCUCUCCUCCCAACCCACUCAGCGUUUUCCGAUGGCGGAUUCCGACAACGAAUCCGGCGGCGUAGGUAACCGCGAACUCUCCGCUCGUGAACAAGACCGUUUUCUUCCCAUCGCUAACGUCAGCAGAAUCAUGAAGAAAGCGUUGCCGGCAAACGCUAAAAUCUCCAAAGACGCUAAAGAAACCGUUCAAGAGUGUGUAUCGGAGUUCAUCAGCUUCAUCACCGGCGAAGCUUCCGAUAAGUGCCAGAGAGAGAAGAGGAAGACGAUUAAUGGCGACGAUCUUUUGUGGGCGAUGACUACGCUUGGAUUUGAGGAGUAUGUUGAGCCAUUGAAGGUUUAUCUUCAUAAGUAUAGGGAGUUGGAGGGGGAGAAAACCACGGUUCCCGGCGGAAGACCCGGUGAGAAAGACGGAUCUUCCGGUGGUAAUUCGGGUUCCGGCGGUGGUGGUGGCGGUGGUUCCGGCGGGUAUGGUGGUGGUUCCGGUGGGAAUAGUGGUGGUGGAGGUGGUGGUGGUGGGAUGUACGGUGGGAUGAUGAUGAUGGGGCAUCAUCAUCAAGGUCAGAUGUACGGGUCGGGUUCGUAUCAUCACCAUCAAAUGGUGGGAAUGUCGGGUUCUAUGGGUGGUUCGGGUAGCAGCGGUGGAGCGACAUCCACCGCUGUCAAAAUAAGAUAGGUAGUGGUGGUGGUGGUUGUUAUGGGUGGCAAAAAUUAUACAAAUAGUGGAGUAAUUAAGUUAAGGGGGGGUUAAAAAGUGGCGGGUUUUUUCUUUUAAUUUUUUUUUUUUCUUUUUUCUUUAUUUUUUAGAUGCCUUUUGAUGUGUUAGGUAAAGUGGGAGGGAGUAAUUUUAUAUUGUGUAAUUCUUAGUUAAUAAUUAAUCCUAAUUAUUAGAUAAAUAAUUAUUAAUAUUAUGAUUAUUAUUGGCUAAAGUAUGCAACUUUAGGGAAAAAGGUUUGUGAAUGGAGGAUAGAGAGACCUAACAUGGGAAUGAAGAUAGAGAUAUCGGAGGAAUGUGUAUUUUUAUGAGGAUUCCUCAUGCUAUAUUACUAGGUAAUAUUGUUAUUAGUGGAAGCGAUUGUUGUAUUUAUUAAUCCGUUGAAAUCUUACACAAAUCUUGUGUACACCUGUUAUAAAUGUGCACUAGAUUCACUUUGUACACUUUUGUAAAACUUAACAUUUCUAUGAUUAAGUUGUACUUCAUAUUUUGUUAUAGAUUACUAAAACAUGUGUUCAGCUUAAUUAGUCAACUAAAUGUACUUUCCGUGUAUUUUGCAUAUGCUAUACAACAAAAAUUCAAAA